AUGUCUCUCAUAAACUUGACUCCUGAAUUCGGUCGUCUCGAAUCUCAAAUGAACCGUCUCUUCAACGACUACUUUGGAGACCUUCAUGUUGCUUCGAGAGGUCAUAGUGGUGCAAGCAGAUGGAAGCCAGUUAUCGAUGUUCAUGAAACGGAUAAGGAAUAUCUCGUAAACGCCGAGCUUCCUGGCGUUAAAAAAGAGAAUAUUAAUCUUGAUCUACAUGACAAUGCACUAGUAAUUUCGGGUGAGGCCAAACAAGAUAACAAUUUCCAAGAAGGCAAUGUCUACGUGCAAGAACGCCGCUAUGGUAGCUUUUCUCGAACCAUUGGUCUACCCAAUAAUAUCAAUACAGAUGCAGUCUCUGCCAAGUUCAAUGAUGGCGUACUAGAAGUCACGAUACCCAAGGCAGAGGAAGUUCAACCAAAGAAAGUCGAGAUCAGUUAA